GUGCAAUGUUUAUUUAGACAUUUUUUUUCUGAUCAUUUGAUUAUUUGGCAAUAAAUUUUUUUUUUUUGAAAAAAAUUUCACCGUUACAUUAGUUCUAUAUAGCAAGGGAAUACGAAUCUAAACAGUAUGAUUUUCAUUGAAUUGAGCAAACUAUUCUGGUAAUGUUUUUGGGAAAUUCCAUUCGAACAGAAAACAAUCCAAUGUUCCAGGAAAUCGAUUAACACUGUCGUUUUUCGUUGUUGUUAUUGUCAUUAACUCAAUUUCAAAGAUGGGACGUGCCAAAACUAUACGUUUGGAUGUUAAAUUAAAAUUACUUCGUGAUCAUCAAAAUGGUGAUACGGCCGUCAUUCUUGCAGAGCGAUAUUCAAUGCAUCCAAAUACAGUGAUGCGUAUCAUCAAAAAUAAAAUUCAAUAUGAAUCAUUGUUGAAGAAAUCUUUAUCGUCUGAACAUGAUGAUAACCAUGGCCAAAAUAUUCUACCUGAAAUGAUACAAAAAGAUGUGGAACAAAAACCAGAAAUUAUGGAUAAUCAAACAUACCCGGUAAUAUUUCCAACUAGCUCUGACCAAUCUGAAUUACAUCAACCAAAACGUAAACGUAGGAAGUUGUUGAAAUCCAAUGAUUUAAAUCUUAAAGAAUCAAUGGCUCAAAACGGGGAAAAAUUGUCGUCCAUAUCUCGGCAAAAACAACAACGUUUUCAAGGUCGAAAUGGACGUAUAUCAUCUUGGAAUUCGGCUAAUGAAACACGACGAAUUAUGGCAUUCAAGCGAUUUUUAGAUUAUGUUGAUCGUAUUGAAGAGAUUGUUCUCACUCAUGAUCAUGAUUAUAAUCAAGCAUUCCAGUUUACUCGAGAUUUAAAUCAAGCAUCAUUACGAUAUCGAUUUCUGCUUUAUGAACUUGAAAAGAAGCAAUUGAUGCGACUUAAUCAAUGGCAAUCAUCAUCAAUUAACGGCCAUGGAAAACGUAUUAAUAACAACGAAGAUAUUUCGAAAGAAUUUUGCGAAUUGAUCCGUACGGGAAUCGGUCGGGCAUCCUAAAGACAAAAUAUCAUUUUACUCACUCGGAAUUCUGGUUAUCUAGUUUUAUGUGAAAAAUCGAAAUUUUGAUUUUUUAUGAAUAAUAAAAAUUUGUUUAAAAUUAGAAUUUUUUAAAAAAU